AUGUUCAAAAAAAGAAAUAAAUCUUCUAAAAAGAGGAAAGCUGAGACUCAAAAAGAUAUAAUCUCUACAAAAAGGCAAAAAGUAAAUGAUCACACAGGAUUUACUGACGAUGAAGAAGACAUAGUAAUAAAGAAAAAGACAGCAGAACCAACAAAGAAAAUCAAAGGACUUGACUUAGAUAAAGUGCAUGCAGAAAAGAUAGCAAAGAGCUUGAAUGAGAACAAAUUCGCAGAAGUCACAAACUUCCAUUUGACAAACGAGAAGCCACCUGAAGAGCCUAAGAAUAAGACUAAUGUUCCUGAUAAAAUAAAGGAUCUAUUUAAACUGCCUGAGGAGCUUAAUUACGCUAAUUACAAUGAAAAUCGAGAUGUAAUAGACAAAAAGCACUGGCUGGCUGGUUUAGCAGAAAUUGAUGUCGACAAGGAAAAAGAUGAGAGCAUGAAUCCUACAGUUAAUGUUGUUGCAAAAGCUCUUAACAAAGAAGCAGUUGCUGAUCUUGUACAACAGAAAGAGGAUAAUACUCUCAGAUUUGACCGAGUUAAAAUGGAUGAGUUUGAUGAAUCACAGUUUAAAUAUCUUACUGGAGCAUAUGGUAGACAUAACAGGAAGAAGGCAAAGAAAGAUUAG